GGUUGAACAAUCACAAUCAAUUCAACACUCACUCAAUCAAUACGGAUUAACCUGCUAAACACACGUGAAAAUGCGUACUUUUGUGGUUUUAUGUUUAGUUGCGGUAGCUGCUGCCCAGUACGAUUAUUCACCCCAAAGCGGUAAUGUUGGUGGUGUAGGUGCUGGUGAUUAUACCGGAGGUGUAGGUAACGCUGGCAAUGGCGUUGGUGCUGGUCAUGAUGACUACUCCGGCCCAGUUGGUAGCAACGAAUUCGAUAAAGAAUUCUUUACUUUCUCUGCUCCCGAAGGUGAAUUCGAUGAUGGCAAUGCUGCUGAUAAAAUCGCUGGUGCUUUGAAGAAGAACUUACGUGUUGUCUUCAUCAAGGGACCCGAAAACACUGGUCUUGAAAAUGCCGCCCUCCAGUUGGCCAAAUCUGCUGCUGAUGAACGUACUGCCAUCUAUGUCCUCAACAAACAAGCUGAUAUCGGUGAUUUGGCCAACAAGUUGAAUGCCUUGAACAAGAACAACAACAACAAACCCGAAGUUCACUUUGUCAAAUACCGCACCCCUGCUGAUGCUGAAAAUGCCCAACGCACCAUCCAAUCUCAAUAUGAUUCAUUACCUGGAACUAGCUCCAGCUCUAAUGGUGGUGCUGCUCCCGUUUUGGAUUUCGCCUCAAAGGCUCCAGCUGGUCAAUCUAGCAGUGGCAAUGCUGCUGGUCCUAGCAACGCUUACAUACCUCCACAAUCGGCGUAUUUGCCCCCUGGCAGACGUUUCUAAACUGAUUGUUAUUAGUUGUUGAUUUGUUACUUAGUAUAAGUUUGUUAGUUUUUCUUUGUUAUAAUUUUUAGAAACCAUUAAAAUAAAAAAAAAUAAAAAUAAUGUAAAUAAUUUG